AUGCGUGUGUGUGUGUACCACAUCGGCAUCCGCUACCCCCACCCCACAUCUCCCUAUUUCUUCUCUUCAACUCGUUACACUGAAAUAACUCCUACUCGUCGCCACGAGCUCUCUCUUUUUUUUCAUCACCCCCCCCCCCACCCCACACCCCACUCCAUAAACCCCAUACACAUACCAAAGGAUACUUCACAGCCGCCGCACAUAACCAUGAGCGCCCUUCAUCCGCUUAUCGGCGCCAUCAUUUCAAUAGCUCUUCAGUUUCUCGUGUUUCUCUUUGUUCUCGUCGCCACACCCAUUUCGCAGAUCGAAUCCGUGUUCGGCCCGGGGUGCUUUACCUUCUUUGGAUUCAAAUCGCAUUGCAGCUCACUUAGCGUUGACACGACAGGAACAGCUGCCUUUGGCUGCGCGCAGCGCCGCAACAACAUGAACGGUGGCGCCGUCUUCGCCAUCAUCUCCCUCUUCACAACACUUGCGGCACUCGUGCUUGCCGUCAUGUUGCUACUACGCAUCCCAUGCAUGGUGCCUUUUGCUCUCCUCUUCGCCGGCUUAUCCGUUUUCACAAUUCUGAUCAGCUGGGCUUGCGUGGCCGGCGCAUUCACCAUCAAAAUGUGCGGCGAUCGGUGGAGCAAUUUUGCCAUGAAAUACGGCCCGGGCUUUGGGCUUAUGGUAACAGCGUGGUGCCUUCAGAUUGCCAACGUGGUGGUGCUCAGCAUCAUUUCCUUCGGCUAA